UUUGACUCACUGCUUACGAGAAGCUUUGGGGGAAACAUGACAGCUUCCUCGACGCUGAUGCACAGGCCGACUUUUGCUUCUGCAGCUUCCUCCGUGUGGCGAAUCUGCCGCUGGGUUACGCUGGCUGCACUCCUAGAGAAGCGUGCGGAAUCGGCUGUGGGAAGUAGGACGCGAAAGGUCCUAGGGACCCUGCGGCCAUGGCGGCGGCCGCCCCCAAGGCUGGGAGUCCAGCUCCCCAGGCGGCGGGUCCCGCCGAAGCUCCGCUGCAGUACAGCCUUCUUCUGCAGUACCUGGUGGGUGACAAGCGGCAGCCGCGGCUCCUGGAGCCCGGCAGCCUCGGCGGAAUCCCGAGUCCCGCCAAGAGCGAGGAGCAGAAGAUGAUCGAGAGGGCGAUGGAGAGUUGUGCCUUCAAGGCUGUGCUGGCCUGCGUGGGAGGAUUUGUCUUGGGAGGUGCAUUUGGGGUCUUCACUGCCGGCAUUGAUACCAACGCAGGCUUUGACCCUAAGGACCCUUACCGGACACCAACUGCAAGAGAAGUCCUGAAAGACAUGGGACAGAGAGGAUUGUCGUACGCCAAAAAUUUUGCCAUUGUGGGCGCCAUGUUUUCAUGCACCGAGUGUUUGGUAGAAUCUUACCGGGGAAAGUCGGACUGGAAGAACAGUGUCAUCAGCGGCUGCAUCACUGGCGGAGCCAUUGGUUUCAGAGCUGGUGUAAAGGCCGGGGCCAUAGGUUGUGGAGGUUUUGCCGCUUUCUCUGCUGCUAUCGAUUAUUACCUACGGUGAAAGAAACGGCCUGAAAGGACGGAGAUGCCAGCCACCUGUAGAGUGUUCCUUGGAGCAGUUUCCACACAUUUGGCAUUGCUUCAGGGGAUCAGUUGUGUGUGAGGGACCCGCCUUGCUGUUCUCUACCUCCAUCUGCUGGGGCAGCCAUACUUUUCCACUUCUGAAUUUCAACGAGGUUCUCAGGGGAGAUGGUACGCUGAUUGUCUCCUUGCAGUAAUAGACGGGGGAGGGGGCAGUGUGUUCCCUGUUAAGAAUUAGGCUCACCUGGCUCUCCAGCUGUGAACAGGAGGUGGCAGUAUGUUUGCCCGCAGCCAGGAAGCCCCUCUGCCUUGAGACUGUGUGCAAGCAUCCGUCCUGAGUACCAGGGUGGAGCAGAGUAAACCUUUGCCUUCAGGUAA